AUGGACGAUGAUGCCACCGUGGCGGAUUCCACAGCAGAAGCGGAAGCCGCAUGGGACCAGAAGUCCAAGCGCAGUGCCAACAACGAGCAAGAUGUGGUGCAAUGGAUUGAAGCCAUCGCUGGAAGUCAGAAGGGUGAUGCGAGCGUGGCGGAGUGGUUGAAGUCAGGCGUGGUGUUGUGUGACCUGGUGAAUGCCAUUCAGCCCGGUCUCAUCAGGACGGUGAACCAGCAGUGUGUGCCCUUCAAACAGAUGGAGAACAUCACCAAAUUCCUGAACGCAGCCCGUGAACUGGGCCUUCCUGAGAGCUCCAUGUUCGACACGCCGGACCUGUACGAGGAGAAGAAUGUGGACUCUGUGAUCACUUGCAUUUACGCACUGGGAGGUGCCGUUCAGACCGUGCGGCCGGAGUUCACGGGACCCAAGCUGGGCAUCCCGUUGAUCGCGCAGGGCAAGGACAAGCCGAAGACGAGCAAGACCUCAUCUCACUUGCUACACUUGGAUCCUGCGCAGGUCGCUACGAUGCGAGAAGAGCUGGACACACUGCGAGAGAGCCAUGCCAGGUUGCUCGAGGAAAACGCGACGCUGCGGAAGAAAGCCGAGGUGGACAUUCCUCAUUGGGCGUCUGAAGUGCGGGAAGUGGCCGCGCAACUGGAGGAGUCUGCGCAGCCCAUCGCUACAGUGCCUUUAGGGGAACGGCUCUUGGGCUACGUGCAGCGUCUGGCUGAAGCUGAGGCGGGCCUCCGUGGGCUGCGCGGGGCACCAUACCGAGAGGAGCUAGAAGAGCUCAAGAAAGCGUUUGCUCAACACCUGGAAGAAGGACAACGCCGGGAGCUGGCCUUGCGUCACGAAGUCCAACGGCUGCAAGGGAUGCUGCCCGAGUCUCCCAACUCCGUGCUCUGA